AGAUGGAUUAUUACAACCCAAAUAUGAAGUGUCAAAAGCGACGCAAAAAUUCCUCCCCCAACUGUGUACUGGAAUCAUGAGAUCACAAAUUAAAAAUUCCGAAUCAAUCGCUUUGUCUCCGGACCGAGCAAAAACCAUUCCCACAACGCUAUCCUUUCAUCAUGUAUCAUAUGAUGUUAAAACCAAAACCUUCCCAUGGAGUUCCCCAAGUUGCUUUAAAGUCCUUUCAGAUAUUAGUGGGUUUAUGCCCCCAGGAAUGAACGCAAUAAUCGGACCGACAGGAUCUGGAAAGUCUACCCUCCUAGAUGUAUUAGCUGGACGUAAAAAUCCUUCACAACUUACUGGAUAUGUUUUAUUGAAUGGUCAAUUUUUGCCAAAUAGUGUUCGACGACGUCUUUGUGGAUAUGUUGUACAGGAAAAUAUAGCUGUGGAUACACUUACAAUUCGAGAGAAUAUCACUUUUUCUGCUACGUUACGAUUACCUCGUUGUACUUCUGCCCGUGAAAGAGAUAAAAAAGUAUCCAGUGUUAUUGAAGAACUUGGUCUUACCUCUGUUGCUGAUCGAAUAAUUGGUACUCAAUUUACCUGUGGUGGUAUAUCUGGUGGUGAACGUAAACGUACAUGUAUCGGUAUUGAAUUAGUGAAUGAUCCAUUGGUCCUUUUUUUGGAUGAACCUACAACCGGUUUAGAUUCAUAUACUGCUACAACAAUAAUUCAUACACUUAAACGUUUAGCUGACUCUGGUCGUACAGUUGUUUUCACAAUUCAUCAACCAAAAUAUUCAAUUUAUCGUUUAUUUGAUCGACUUACCAUAAUUUCUGAUGGACAAAUGAUUUAUCAUGGACCAAGUGGUCAAACACCAAUUGUUCAUUUUGAAAAUUGUGGUUAUUUCAUUGAAGGUCAUAAUAAUCCAGCGGAUUUCUUUAUGGAUAUUUUACAUGGAGAAGUCGACGUUAAUGAGACUGUUGUACAACAAAUAAAUAUUUCAGAUUCAGAUGCAAAUAACAACAUUCAUAAAAGCGUCCGUGAAAUGAUUCGUCGUAGACUUAUAUCCUGUUGGCUACAAUCUACACUAUGGAAACAAUGUAAAAUAUUUCUAGCAGAAUUUAGUAAAACAUUUAACAAGAAUAAAUCAUGUAAAUCAAAACGGAAGAAAUCAAGUGAAAAACAAAAAUACAAUACAACGACAGUAGCCGCCAGAUGUAUUGAUUAUAAGCGACAGAAAUCCAAAAAACAAAGUGAACAAUAUGAUUGUGAAUUCAUACAACCCGGGAACUAUUUAUUAACAAUCAAUAAAGAUAUUGAAAAAUUUGAUGAAUUAUGGGCAUUGAGUCGAUCUUCCAAUAUAACUGACAUUAAUCAUCCUGCUGUUGCUGCUGCUAAUGAUGAUGAUGGUGAUGACGAUGACGAUGUUAUUCAUUGUUCCAAUGUCAAUUAUUUGACCAAUGAAAAUCAAUUAGCAACAUUUAAACAAACAACUGAUUUUCAACUGGAUAAAUCUUAUUCUACACAAGAGAAUAAUGUUGAUAAUAAUAGUAAUAAUAAUAAUAAUAGUAAAAUUGUAAAAAGUCAAAAAUUAAUUAGCUAUUAUUCUUGUAAAUGCAAUAAACAAUUAUCCAAUUAUCAACGAUGCCCAACUACAUUCUGUCAACAAUUACUGACACUGAAUUGGCGAUCAUAUUUAAGUAUGAAAAGAUCAGGCAGAACAAUAUUAGCUCAUUUUGUUAUACAACUUGUAAUUGCCUUAUUUUUAGGCAUUAUCUUUUUAAACUUAAAUAAACGGCAUGAAUCUGGUAUUCAGAAUCGUAUGGGUUUAUUUUUUCUCACUUGUUUACAUUUAUUAUUUAUUAGUGGAACAUUGUUGGAGAUAUUUUUAAAAGAUCGUUCAAUUUUUAUACAUGAAACAUCUACUGGAUUUUAUAGAAUUUCAGCAUAUUUUAUAUCUAAAAUUUUAACUGAUGUAUUACCGACCAAAAUGAUACCAGCUUUUUUAUGUUUAUCUAUAACAUAUUAUCUAACUGGUCUACGCUAUGAAUUAUAUGCAUUUUUAUUAUGGCAAUUAACAAUUGCAUUGCUGACAUUUUCUGCUUCAGCGAUAACAUUUGCUAUCAGUGCCAUGGUUAAAGAUCAACGAAUUGGAUCAAUAUUAUUAUCAAUGUUAUUUGUUUUAAUGAUGAUAACAAGUGGUUAUUUAGUAAAUAUUACAACUUUGUGGAAAUGGCUUCAAUUAAUUCGUUAUAUUUCAAUUUUACGUUAUGCUAUAAAUAUAUUAACAAUAAAUGAACUAUAUAAUAUGACAUUUUGUCCUCAUACAACUACACUAUCUGAUAUAACAAAUCUAACAUCAUCAUCAUCAUCAUCAUCAUUAUUUAUAAAUGAACAAAAAAAUAUGGAAUAUUAUCAAACAGGAAUUGGCGAAAUUUCAAAUUUCGAAUCUAUUUGUAUUACCGGUGUACAAUAUUUAGAAUCACAAGCAAUUGAAUAUCAAUCAAAAUGGUCAAUAUGGUUCAAUGAAUUGGGUAUAUUAGUGAUUGCAAUUAUAGCUUUGUGUAUAGCUUAUAUACAUUUACGAUUAAUGAAACGAUAUAAAUGA